UUUGUUUCCAAGAUGGCGACUUCUUUGCCAUUUGUAGGAACUAUCGAUUCUGACGACGAAAUAGAGAUAUUAGAUGAAGAAAAUGACAGCGAUGAUGAAGAGGAACUGAAGAAAAAGAAGAGCAAAAAGAAGCAAAACAAAAAAGAGUUUGAUGAAAAUUUCCAGUUUAGCGCAGGAGACGAGUUCCAUGAGACAACCUGGAAYCUUGAUAUGGCAAUCAAAGUCGCAAAAAAGAAAGAGAACUCUACAACAGCAACUACUUCAUUGCAAGAAAAGAUUUCCAAAAAAAGACAAUCAAAUAAGGUAAAUGUAKGUCAAGUAAAAUUUAUCAAUGAUAAUUGA